AAGAAUGGGUAAGAUCUCGCUGUACGGCCUGGACGCCAGUCCGCCCACCCGGGCCUGUUUGCUCACCCUGAAGGCCCUGGAGCUGCCCUACGAGUAUCUGUUCGUCAAUCUGUUUGAGAAGGAGAACUUUGGCGAGGAGUACUCGAAGAAGAAUCCGCAGCACACGGUGCCACUGUUGCAGGACGACGAUGACUACAUCUGGGACUCGCACGCCAUUAUGGCCUAUCUGGUGGAGAAGUAUGCGUCGAGCGAUGAGCUGUAUCCCAAGGAUCUGCUGCAGCGAGCCAAGGUUGACCAGUUGAUGCACUUUGAGUCGGGUGUGGUUUUCGAAGGCGCCCUGAGAAGACUCACGCGUCCGGUGCUUUUCUACGGCGAAGCCACAUUGCCCCAGAAGCAGGUUGAUCACGUCACUCAGGUCUACGACUUUGUGGAGGCUUUUCUAGAGCAUGAUUACCUGGCCGGUGACCAACUGACGAUAGCCGACUUCAGCCUUGUCUCGACCAUCACCUCGAUUGGGGUUUUUCUGGAGCUGGAUCUGGCCAAGUAUCCGAAGAUAGCCCUCUGGCUGGAGCGACUCAAGGAGCUGCCCUACUACGAGGAGGCCAAUGGCAAGGGAGCCGCCCAGUUUGUGGAGCUUCUGAGAUCCAAAAACUUUACGGUUGUGCCGUAAAAAGGAACCAACAGUUUAAUGUUUUUCAUUUUAUUUAUUGAUUCACUUGAAAUCCACGAAUCCUUAAAGAAAAUUGAAGUAGAGCAAAGCAUUUUCCUAAUGUCACAUUAUUUAUAGCUGAGUUUAUAAUAAAUUGGUUACAGCACUUCCCUA